CACCUGUGCAAAGUCCUUGCUGACCCAGGUGGGAAACGUGGAGAACACUAGAACAUGAACGGAAGAGUGAAUUAUUUGAUCACUGAGGAAGAAAUCAAUCUUACCAGAGGACCCUCAGGGCUGGGCUUCAACAUCGUCGGUGGGACAGAUCAGCAGUAUGUCUCCAACGACAGUGGCAUCUACGUCAGCCGCAUCAAAGAGAAUGGGGCUGCAGCCCUGGAUGGGCGGCUCCAGGAGGGUGAUAAGAUCCUCUCGGUGAAUGGCCUAGACCUUAAGAAUCUACUGCACCAGGAUGCUGUAGACCUCUUUCGUAAUGCAGGCUAUGCUGUAUCUCUGCGAGUACAGCGUAGGUUACAGGUGCAGAAUGGACCUGUAGGUCACCGAGGUGAAGGGGAGCCAAGUGGCAUUCCCAUAGCCAUGGUGCUGAUGCCAGUGUUUGCCCUCACAGUGGUCGCAGUCUGGACCUUCGUGAGAUAUCGACAACAACUUCGAUAA